GAAUGGGGUGUGAGGGGCGAGGUGGACCAGCGAUUCCAUGGCGUUGGCCGAGGGAGGGGCUAAGACUGUUGAUUGACUCAAGAAGUCACUUAGCGUCAUGAGGGUCCGGGUAGUCUGGUAAGGGGUCGCUGGAGAGUGUGUCGCCCCUCUCCCCCAACCAAAAGCUUCCCUCCAACCAGCUGCUCUUGUCCUCUCCUCCCGAGGGCCCUGUGCCCUCCCAGUGGACUUGCAGGGGAGAACGUCCAUGUUUGUGCGAGUCACAAAGGCGCCCGUUCCAGGGGUCCCAGAACGCCCGGGCGUGGGGCUGGGGGUGUGGCGCAGCGAGGCCGCGCAGCAAGCAGUCCUCCCGGCACCGUCGGAAGCGCAGUUGCAGCAGCCGUCGGACAAGCGGCCCGAGCAGCCACGGACAAGCAGUCCGGGCCCCGCCAUUGGGCAUUGCAGAGAGACAGAGAGAGAGAGGAAGGCUCGCUGGCUUUGAGCUCUCUGGGUACAGUGUCUGAGUGGAGGCAAAGUGCGGUUCCUUCAAGAUGUCUGUGUUGAAGAAGAACAGGAGAAAAGACUCCGACACUCCCCAGGAACCUUCGGAGAAGGCCAAAGAGCAGCAGGCGGAGGCAGAGCUCCGGAAGCUAAGGCAGCAGUUCAGGAAGAUGGUGGAAAGCCGGAAGUCUUUUAAGUUCCGAAACCAGCAGAAGAUUGCGAGUCAGUACAAGGAGAUCAAGACCCUGAAGACAGAGCAGGAUGAGAUCACCCUACUGUUGAGUCUCAUGAAAUCCUCGAGGAACAUGAAUCGGAGUGAGAAGAACUACAUGGAGCUGCGACUCCUGCUGCAAACUAAGGAGGACUAUGAGGCAUUGAUUAAAUCCCUGAAACUGCUGUUGGCUGAACUGGAUGAGAAGAUUCUUCAGAUGGAAAAAAAAAUCGCAAACCAAAAACAGAUUUUCGCAAAAAUGCAGGAGGCCAAUAACCCCCGGAAACUGCAGAAACAGAUUCACAUUUUGGAAACCCGUUUGAAUCUCGUCACUGUUCACUUUGACAAGAUGCUGACCACUAAUGCCAAGCUCCGGAAGGAGAUUGAAGACCUACGAUUUGAGAAGGCUGCUUAUGACAAUGUCUACCAGCAGCUCCAGCACUGCCUGUUGAUGCAGAAGAAAACCAUGAACUUGGCCAUUGAGCAAUCUUCUCAGGCCUAUGAGCAGAGGGUGGAGGCCAUGGCUCGAAUGGCUGCCAUGAAGGACCGCCAGAAGAAGGACACCUCUCAGUACAACCUGGAGAUCCGAGAGCUGGAGCGUCUCUAUGCCCACGAGAGCAAGCUCAAGUCCUUCCUGCUCGUCAAGCUGAAUGAUCGCAAUGAAUUCGAGGAGCAGGCCAAAAGGGAGGAAGCUCUCAAGGCAAAGAAGCAUGUCAAGAAGAACAGGGGAGAGAGUUUUGAGAGCUACGAGGUGGCCCACCUCCGGCUGCUGAAGCUGGCUGAGAGUGGGAACCUAAACCAGCUCAUUGAAGAUUUUCUGGCCAAGGAGGAAAAGAAUUUUGCUCGGUUCAUGUAUGUCACGGAGCUCAACAACGACAUGGAGAUGAUGCAUAAGAGGACCCAACGAAUCCAGGACGAGAUCAUCCUCUUGCGAUCCCAGCAGAAAUUGUCCCACGAUGACAACUGCUCUGUCCUGAGACAGCUGGAGGAUAAACUGAGGAAGACCACGGAGGAGGCAGAUAUGUAUGAGAGCAAGUACGGGGAGGUCAGCAAGACCUUGGAUCUACUGAAGAACUCAGUGGAGAAACUGUUCAAGAAGAUAAACUGUGACGCCACCAAGAUCCUGGUGCAGUUAGGGGAGACGGGGAAAGUCACCGACAUCAACCUUCCGCAGUAUUUUGCCAUCAUUGAAAAGAAGACCAACGACCUGCUGCUGUUGGAAACCUACAAGCGCAUCCUGGAAGUGGAAGGGGCAGAGGCUGAGAUCCCGCCACCCUUCAUCAACCCUUUCUGGGGUGGUUCUGCCCUCCUCAAGCCCCCAGAACCCAUCAAAGUCAUCCCCCCAGUGCUGGGGGCUGACCCCUUCAGUGACAGGUUGGAUGAUGUGCUAUGGAGGGACGCCAAACCAGGCUUAGCCCCAGCCCUGGGGUUGAUUUCCCAGCACCUCACACAAAUCUGAUCUUGGUGCAGUGGAACAGCCCCUGGACCACAGCAGCCUUCGGCAGCUGGUUCUCGACAAUUAUAUCCUGAAGGAGAAUCGGAGUAAGGAAGUGCGUGGAGACAGCCUGCCUGAGAAGGUGGAUGACUUCAGAUCCAGGAAGAAAGUAACCAUGUGAGGUGCAUGCAUGGGGCCACCUUUGCAUAACCGAAAGAAUAAAUGUUUUCUUCUGUA